GUCGAUUGAUUACGUUACCGUAUCUUACUCUGUCUAGGGCUGAACGAACGCGACCGUUCCCCGGGCUGAAGGACAAGCUUGGACCAAUCAAAUACGCAGUAAAAACCGGCUGGGGCGGGAGAUGACGCCUCACCAAGCUGAGUUCUGAACAGCACCGCCAUCUCGCCGUUCCCAGCGCUUGCGAGGGGAGAGUACCUACCAAGUCAACAAACCCGACGAGUGCGUUUGCCAAGUCUCCCAUACCUUUCAAAGGGAUACAAUUAUAUUUUCGGGUGAACCCGGCAUCCGGCAAGCUGGCAGGCAUCCUGUGGACGACGAAUUCGGCGGCUCGGUCGAGUGACGCCGCAAACCCAGCAAAGGCUGCUGAGCGCACGAGAAGCUCUAACGUGAUGACGCAGCCUACCUCCCUGCCACCACUCAACCCGCAGUUUUGCUUCUCGACGACAGCUUUGCGAGACUUCCUCCGCCUAUCGCGAAGCGCGAUUGAUGACACCAUCACCCAGAACUUGAAUGCUUUAGAGACGCCCGCCCGGAGUGGGUUCGACCCGACUUCGACGUCGCGCGUCGGCCCUCGUCCCCUUUCGCACCAGAUCGACGCGGCCGCUUGCAAUGCGUUUAAGGAGCAGGUGCUCUUCCCGUCGUGGCAGGUCCGGUCAGAUGUCCUGAGCUAUUGCUCCUUGGUUGCCACCAGCCCUGACCCCGAUGACCCGGAGAGGGCUUUGAGGGAGGCAGAGAACGAGAGAAACAGGGAGAAAGUCGUGGAUGAGAGACUCGACCCGUACUCGGCGCGCUUCUUUCCCCGGGAGGCCCGGACAGAACACUUGGCCAACGUUCUCCGGUUGGAGAUGGGGGUGGAGAACAUUGUCCGGUCGAGAACAUGGGAUAUAGUUCGGCAACGGUGUGGUGACUCGACCUUUCCUGAGUGGCAGCAGGCCUUGGCGGAUUGGCGAAGGUCCAGCAGGAAAGCGCCGGACGGGAGUCGAUGAAGGCUGCCGUUUGCCCGUGUACUCUCCGUGUACUCUCCGUGUACGAUAUCCAGCCAGCGAGAUCUUUGCAUAUCGAGUUACAAGCACCGCGUCGAACC